AUGAGAUCCUCAACUUGCUUUUCGUCGCCUUGGAUGCAACUGCAUUUCCACUUGAAGCACGCGAGAGGGCGUGUCUGCUGCUGUGCUAUCUCGCCAAUUUCUCAGAGAAGGUGGCAACGGCGAUUUCCCGUGGUGGAUCGCCACUUUGGCAGUCGAUGCUAG